UGUGGCAUGUGAUGUUUACAUGAUCCUAGGAAGAAAAUGGACGAGCCGACCGUUUCAGGCGGAAACCUGUUGACAAGAGCUUAAGUAAGUCUCCGUGUACAUCAAGUACUUUGGAGACGCCAAAGGUGUAACUUUCAAGGGCAAAGACCUCAGGACAAAGCAACCUGAGGAAGCCAGGAACUAAAGACGGGACAUUUGGUUCAAAACUUGAAGUGGCUCCCCGCCCCGCCCCAAGAGUGCAUGACAGAAAAACAACAACAGAAUCAUUAUGACUACUAAGAAUACAUUUUAAAAAAUUAACAUGACAUCUUGGAUCUUAUAAGAGUCAAGCUCUUCAGGAAACAAACCAUGAGGGAAACUGGAUUGAAAUCUGCACGUUGCCAAGGGCAAGAAGCUGAGAACACGGAGAGAGAGAAGUUUCAGCAGAAGGCUCUGAAGCAAACUAAGCAGAAGAAAUCCAAGUCGGCUGAAUUUCUGAUGGUUAAAGAAGAUAGAGAAGCUACAGAAGGCAUUGGAAAUCCCGCUUUUAACGUGAGCAGUCCAGAUCUCUCAGCAUGUCAGACUGCAGAAAAGAAAGUUAUUAGACAUGACAUGCCAGAUCGCACCCUUGCAGCUCCCCAACAAAAAUUCGGGCUGCCAGCCUCUGCAGAACCAAAAGGAAAUGAAUACGGCAGAAAUUACUUUGACCCACUGAUGGAUGAGGAAAUAAACCCAAGGCAGUGUGCGAUGGAGGUCAGCAGAGAAGUUUGUCUAAUGGCUAAAGGAGAGAAAGCAGAAUCAGGAGUGGAUAAUACAGCUGGCCUUUCAGAGAAAGAAACAGAGAAGAACGCUUGUGCCUCAAUGGAUGAGGAAGAAGCUAAAUCCACAGUACACUCUUCUCAGGGGAGCAUUACUAAUAAAAUCGGCCCCUGUUCUAUGGACUAUGAUCCCAAUCUCUUAAAAGAAGACCUACACUCUCAGGGAGAUAGCCUGACGGAUCAUUCUGUGAAAGAAAAAUCAACUGUUUUGAGAACUGGAGAAGCUGAAGAUUAUUCACAGGACAUAUCUUACUUGGAGGAACUGGAGGAACACCAAUUUUCUGUCUGCUGUUCUUCAGUUGCUGACAGUAGAUCUGGAGACUUCUUCAAGCAUCUCCAUUUUGUGCCGGUAUCAGUGUCUUCAGAACUUCAGUUAUCUCAAUGGCAAAGCCAGGGCUUCUGGUACCUUAUCCUGCUGAUGGUUUCUCUCUGGUUCCUGAGGCUCUACCUGCAUUACCUGGGCCAGUGGCUUUUCCUCCAGGCCAUUUCAACUCCUGUUACAAAAUUCCAUUUUUCUCUUCACACCGUUGAGCUUCGCUACCCAACUUCCUCACUUCACAUUGGAGAAGAGCUUCCUGUGGUUGUGAUGGGGCCUUUAAUGCUGAAUGCAAUCCUACUUCUUUUGGUUUUGAUCAGAUGGGGCUGUCAGCUACUGUUUGCCUCCUGCCCUGAUGUCUUGUCAAAGUUAAUCAUUACCAUGGGACUAUGGACAGUUCUAGACCCAUUGGCAGUGUUUAUAGUGGAUACUCUCCUGGGGAUACUGGCAAACAGUGGAGAGACUCCCAUGGCAGAUGCCGCGAAGCUCUACUGGAUGUUUGUAAGAACGAUGCAGCCAGGCAUUCUUGGCGUGGUGAUCACAGUGCUGCUUUACAUCCUCCUGUUCAUCAUUUCUUCUUUGAUUUUAUAUUUAUAUUGUCUCAGGUUACACAAUGACUCUUGGAUAUUAGAUGCAUUUCAGUGCAUCUACAGUGAAGAAACCAAGUUCUUCAUACCAUAUGACUUGGAGAUUUCCAAUCAGGAGCUAAGUUAUAUAGUGAAACGAUCUGAGCAAUGGAGAGGAAUCAAUGGUGAAAGAAGAAAGGUGGCAGUGUAUGAUUACAUCUGGAAAAGCCAUGGCAUCAAGUCCAGUGUCUCCAGCUGUGACCUCCAACAUCAAAAUGAAAUUUCUGUGUCUGCACUUGGUCCAGGAGAUAUUACUUCUCAUGUAUCUGUAUAUACCAUUUAUCCCAGUGGGUUGCAAGAGCUGUACCGCCAUUUUCUCAGACUCCCUGAUGGGGCCAUUGUUGAGGUGUUUGGUGAUAUCAGUGGCUUAAAGCUCGUCCACAGUGAAGUGAUCACAGCUAUUCAGGAGCAUAUAAGUGAAAUGGACAGCAUCCUGGAAGACUCGUUUGACAUUUAA